AUGCACCACGCCCUCAUUCCGGAGCUGCGGGCCCUGGCGUUCCAUGACCGAGUACCAACUUCACCAGCGGUACAAGUCAAUACACCUCAGCGCACCGGUCGUUUUAGGAUUUAUGUCCAAGGAGCCCUAGAACAAGGAUUCUACCAUAAUAUUGAGGAUGGAAUCAGUCAGCAUUUAGAAACUUACAGAUUCCUCAACACCCUCGAGCUUGAAGCAAUAUCCGACACAAUCAACACUCUAGAAGACGAGAUUCAUGACAUCGGUGUCACCCUCAGCGAGUCUCAAGAUGCAAUUGCAUACGUUCCAAUGUUGUUGCGUUCACGUGACCCAGAAGUUGUUCCCCACCACCAGCUUUACAAAAGACAGCUCAAAAUUUCGCGUAAAAAAUAUAAACGAUUUAUGCGUACACUUGACCGUUAUCAUAAGGAAAUUGCAAAUCUUAGGGCAAUUCAUUCCCAGGAGAGGUGA